GUACAUCAUUUGUACCGUCACAUAUAAAAUGGCCUUGCGUCAGUGUACUUUUUCAUUACUAACGGUAUGGCUUCUAGAGAUUGUGUGCCACGUAUGCCAUGCUACAACGUGGUUCCCUCGUCGCACGUGCCAGCUUGUACAGGUUAAUGGCGCUCUUCGAAGUUUUAUCUGUUGUCCUGGGCGAUCGCUGGCACGUUGGUGCCAGCAGUUGGGCAGCAGUAAUCGUCCGACUUUGCCCGUACCUCUCGUGCGAUAUCUUCUACCCCUGUCACGGGUCUUGACGCUCUCACGUCAGACUUGUGAAGGAUGCAGUAGAGUCAGGGUCGUGCACCGGAUGCGCUGCUCCUGGAAAUUCUCCUAUCUGUCCGGAGAAGCCCCCCUAACUUUACAGAGCUAACAGUUUACUAGCACCCACCAUGUCGAACAAUGCGCUGCGCAGGCGUUCUAUUCCUACGGAUGAUUUAUGUCUGCUGUCUUGGUCGCUUCAUGCAGGACAACGACAUCAAGCAUAGUCGUUUAAAGCGAUGCAACUCGAGCACUGGCGGUCGCUUCGGUCCAAACUGGCGCCCAGAUAAACCAGUCCGACCUAUUGCAGGCGAGGAGACUGUUGUCAGACCGCUCAGCGUCAGCCACAAGGGGCCAUUUUAGGUAGCAUCCGAUAUGAGUGGAUAUCAUGCGCGAACGCUUUUGAGCUAAUUGAGUGAAGGCCGUUCACGAUUGGAUAGUGCUCGGCUAAGGUACAUGUUGGAGAUUAUCUCGAUUGCGCCAUCUGGUGGUCAUCUUGGCUGAAGAUAGCACCGUACACCAAUCGAUUUGGGUCACCCACUUG